AUGCUGUCAGAGGUCACAGGUCACAGACUCAGGUCACAGACUCAGGUCACAGACACAGGUCACCGACUCAGGCCACAGACUCAGGCCACAGACUCAGGUCACAGCCUCAGGUCACAGACACAGGUCACAGACUCAGGCCACAGACUCAGGCCACAGACUCAGGUCACAGACUCAGGUCACAGACUCAGGCCACAGACUCAGGCCACAGACUCAGGUCACAGACUCAGGUCACAGACACAGGUCACCGACUCAGGUCACAGACUCAGGCCACAGACUCAGGUCACAGACUCAGGCCACAGACUCAGGUCACAGACUCAGCCCACAGACUCAGGUCACAGACUCAGGCCACAGACUCAGGUCACAGACUCAGGCCACAGACUCAGGUCACAGACUCAGGUCACAGACUCAGGCCACAGACUCAGGUCACAGACUCAGGUCACAGACUCAGGCCACAGACUCAGGACACAGACUCAGGCCACAGACUCAGGUCACAGACAGACAGACUCAGGUCACAGACUCAGGCCACAGACUCAGGCCACAGACUCAGGUCACAGACUCAGGCCACAGACUCAGGCCACAGACUCAGGUCACAGACUCAGGCCACAGACUCAGGCCACAGACACAGGCCACAGACUCAGGUCACAGACUCAGGUCACAGACUCAGGCCACAGACUCAGGCCACAGACUCAGGUCACAGACUCGGGCCACAGACUCGGGCCACAGACUCGGGCCACAGACUCGGGCCACGGACUCGGGCCACAGACUCAGGCCACAGACUCAGGUCACAGACUCAGGCCACAGACUCAGGCCACAGACUCGGCCACAGACUCGGCCUAG